GGCACCGGGAAAAGGAUCCCGGAAUUCCCGGCGCUCGGCGGCCGCAGCCAGCGAAUCCCGGAGCGAGGAUCGGGAUCGGGAUUGGGAUCGGGAUCGGGAUCGGGAUCGGCUCCAUGGACACCUUCCAGUCCCCGACGCCCUCGGCACGCCGGGACAAAGCCGAGCCCGGCCCCAUGUCUGUGACCAUCCCGGCCUCUCCCUUCAUGCAGAAGUUGGGAUUCGGCACCGGAGUCAGCGUCUACCUGAUGAAAAGGUCCCCGCGGGGGCUGCCGCGCUCCCCGUGGGCCGUGAAGAAGAUCAACGCCGGCUGCUCGCAGAGCCAGCGCAGCCUCUUCCAGCGGAGGCUGCGGGAGGAGGCGCGGACCCUGCGGAACCUGCGGCACCCCAACAUCGUCGGGUACCGGGCGCUGACGAAGGCUCCGGACGGGAGCCUCUGCCUGGCCAUGGAAUUCGGGGGGGAGAAAUCCCUGAACGACCUCAUCGAGGAGCGCCGGGAGCAGGGCCUGGGAAUGUUCCCGGCAAACACCAUCCUGCACGUGGCCCUCAGCAUGGCCAGGGGCCUCCAGUACCUGCACACGGAGCAGCGGCUGCUCCACGGCGACAUCAAAUCCCCCAACGUCGUCGUCCGCGGCGCCUUCGAGACCGUCAAGAUCUGCGACGUCGGCGUCUCCCUGCCCCUGGAUGAGAACCUGACAGUGAGCGACCCCUCCCUGUGCUACGUGGGCACGGAGCCGUGGUCGCCGCCCGAGGCGCUGGAGCCGGGCGGGGCCAUCUCGGACCGCGCCGACGUCUUCGCCUUCGGCCUCACGCUCUGGGAGAUGCUGGCCCUGAACGUGCCCCACCUGCCCCCGCUCCGCGACGACGGAUCCGACGAGGAUUCGUGCUCGGAGGAUUCCCUGGACGAGGCCGCGUACCAGGCCGCGCUGGGGUCGCGGCCGCCGCUGCCCGCGGAGGCGGCGCGGGAGCCCUCGCAGCGGCCCGUGCGGGAGCUCUUCUGCGCGUGCACCGCCCGCGAGCCCCCGCGGCGCCCCCCGGCGGCCACCAUCGUCACUGCGCUGCUGCAGCUGCGGGAACAGGAACAGCAGCCGGGGGGAGAGCGGGAAUGA